AUCCACAACAUAACGUAAAAAAAAUGAAAUUUUUGCCACCCAACAAAGCAUUGAAAGCAAAGGUCACCACUCCUGAAUCUCUUUUGCCUCUGAGACUAAGAAAUGGCCUAAAGAACAAGAGUACAGCAAUACAAUCUCACCCCUCUUUCUAGAAAACCCUGUUCUUGACAGCAUCGUCCUCAUAACCCUCAACUCAAACACAUCGCUUUGAAUCUUCAUUGAUUCUCCUUCCUCUGGAGUUAUCAGUUUGAACCACUUUCUUUAAACUAAACAUCUCUUCAAUCUGAAGUUACCCAAUGCUUGCCUUUCAAGUGUGUUCAGUUCCCAAUAUUGGUCCUAUGUUGGGGUAUUAAUUUUGGGGUGACAGAGAUCCUGGUUCGGGAACUGUUUGCAAAAGAGGAGUAAAAGAAAGCAGAAAGAACAGGUUUGCAUUUAAGUCCUUGCAGGUGAAAUCUGAGGUGUAGGUUUUGAUUCUGAGUUAUAAUUACAAUAUAGGUAGGUUACUUGUAAAGAGACUUAACAUUGACUUAUUGUGAAGUUUCCUCCACCUUUUGCACCUUAAAACAUUGUUCCUUUCUGAAGAGGGUGUAAUCAGAUCUGAGCCUGUUAUCUAGAGGUGGGUCCCAAUUCCCCUAACCGAACCAUUGUCAAUUUGUCAUGUAUGUUACUUAUAUAGCUCCCAAAUCAAAAUCUUUGGCAUUGGGUGUGGAUUGGUGCCGAUUAAGAUAAGCAUCUUUGUUUGAAAACCAAGUUUUAUCCUGCAGAAAACAUGGACGCUUCUGUGCGUUCUCUUCUUAUCUAGCUAAGAUUUGUGGGGUUCUUGGAGAUUUGUGUUUAAACUCAUCUGCAGGAACUGAGCGCAGGAAGAGAUCUUGGUUUGCCCUUGAAGUGAAGGGGUUUAAAAGUUUGAUUCUGGUUUGGCGGUAUCACAAGAGUAUGAGGAAAAAUGCAGGUUCUCAUUCAGGAAGGAUGUUUAGUGACAGGAAGUGGAUUCUCCCUUUUUUUGCAAGUUUGAUUAUAUCUAUGAGUCUGGUUCUGACAGCUAUUCUUGGGGCACUUAGUUCUGAUAGUGGGGGAGAGCAAUCACCGUUUGAAAUCAUUUCCUUCAAGAGAUCAGAGAAUUCCAAUGGAUAUUUUGUGGAAUCAGAUAUAGAAAGGUCUUCUAAUGUUAGUGUGGUGAAAAGGGAGGCACCAAGGUUUGCCUACCUUAUAUCAGGCACCAAGGGUGAUAGUCAUAGGAUGAUGAGGACAUUAGAGGCAGUGUACCACCCAAGGAAUCAAUACAUCUUGCAUUUAGAUCUCGAGGCACCGCCCAGGGAAAGGUUGGAAUUGGCAAAUGCAGUGAAAGCUGAUCCAGUUUUUCGUGAGGUGGAGAAUGUUCGUGUUAUGUCUCAAUCCAAUUUGGUAACUUAUAAGGGUCCUACGAUGAUUGCUUGCACCCUCCAAGCUAUUGCAAUACUAUUGAAGGAAAGUUCAGAAUGGGACUGGUUUAUUAACCUCAGUGCUUCAGAUUAUCCUCUUAUGACACAGGAUGAAAAUAUUAUUAAAGUAUGCAGUGAUGUUUUAGCAACAGGAACGACUUUUGUUCAUCUUUUUCAAUCUUGCGAUCAUUGCCAAUUAUGCAGGAUGGAUCUCUAUGUAACAUCAUUAGAUUUGCUUUAUGUUUUCUCGAAUCUGUCAAGAAAUCUCAAUUUCAUCGAGCAUACACACAUUGCUGGUUGGAAAUUGAAUCAAAGAGCAAGGCCCAUCAUUAUUGAUCCCGCCCUUUACUUAUCAAAGAAAUCUGAUUUAGCAUUGACCACUCAACGAAGAACCCUUCCCACGUCUUUUAAACUGUUUACUGGUUCAGCUUGGGUUGUACUGACUCGGUCCUUUGUGGAGUACUGUAUAUGGGGAUGGGAUAACUUUCCACGGACUAUGCUAAUGUACUAUACAAAUUUUGUGUCCUCUCCAGAGGGAUACUUUCACACUGUCAUUUGUAACACUGAGGAAUUCCGUCACACUGCCAUAAGCCAUGAUCUUCACUACAUUGCUUGGGACACUCCCCCAAAGCAGCAUCCCAUCUCCUUAACCAUGAAGGACUUUGACAAAAUGGUUAAAAGCAAGGCACUUUUUGCGCGCAAAUUUGCUAAGGAUGAUCCAGUUCUAGACAAGAUUGACAAGGAACUUCUGGGGCGCACCCACAGAUUUUCACCUGGGGCUUGGUGUGUUGGAACCUCAGAAGGUGGGGCUGACCCUUGUUCCGUUCGUGGCAAUGGUACAAUGUUUAGGCCAGGCCCAGGUGCUGAUAGGCUGAGUGAGCUGCUUCAUGUGCUGUUAUCUAAAGAAUCUCUAAGCAAGCAGUGUUUGUGACAAAGGGGUACCCCAACUCAAUUAGGAUGAAUGAUGUCAAGUGUACAUAAGUGUUGCUAUAGAUCAUAUAUAUCUGAUGUAAAAGGUCAGAAUUUUGUGCUCAAUAUAGGUUCAUACUCACAAUCAACAAGCACUCACUACCAGUUUUGAUGCUUGUUUCGGCCUAAAACGCUUUUGGUUGCAGUUCCAACCAACCAUUUAUGCAAUUACAACACUUUGUCGAGUUACAAAAAGGCAUUUAAAUUCACAUUGGACUUUCGAAUAGUUAUCUAUUUUGUUAUGGAUAAA